CACACAGUCAUCAUAAUGGGCCUAUGGCAAUUGAGGCCCAACAGCAUUUUAGCCCAUCUAGAUGGCCCAAACAUUCCGAGGCGCGAAAGCAAAGUCCGCGCCCGAAACAUCCCAAUCCAAUCCAAUCCACCUUCGUCAGUAUUUCAAAUGUCGUUCUUGUUAGCAGCGGUGGCUCCGCCGUGUUUCGCCGUAAUUCAGUCCGCAGCGAGCCAGCCACGGCGGGGACGGAACUCGAAGAACGGUCAAAAGAGCAAACAGAACUUAAAAACGACCAAGGCUUCGACCGCCGCCACCUCAACGACAAAAAAUCCAUCUGGCUUUGACGGAAAGGGGAAAAAUCCUCUGUGGCAAUGCGUACAGAAUUGUGGAGCGUGCUGUAAACUUGAUAAAGGCCCCGACUUUCCUUCCCCUGAAGAAGUUUUCGAUGACCCUUCCGACAUUCAGUUGUACAAGAGCUUGGUGGGUUCAGAUGGUUGGUGCAUACACUAUGAGAAGAGCACAAGAAAGUGUUCUAUAUAUGCUGAGCGACCGUAUUUUUGUCGAGUAGAGCCAGAAAUUUUUGAGACACUCUAUGGAAUUGAGAAGAAAAAGUUCAACAAGGAAGCUUGCAGCUGCUGCAUAGACACUAUCAAAGCAGUGUAUGGAUCAAGUUCAACAGAACUGGAUACUUUCAAUCAAGCAAUAUGGAACACGACAGUAUAGCGAAAUUUGAGUUUUGUUAGGACAAAAAGAACUUAUUUGUGUGAAUAUAAUCAGCAUUGUAUGUUUCUCUGUACACAACAAUAGUUCUAUAGUGCUACACAUGUAGAGCCUUGCAUCACUAACUUUAGCAAUACAGAUGAAAAUGAUCAUUUGCAUAUGAGAUAUA